CAUUAAAGGAAAGGAACCAGAUAACCAUCACCUCCCUCUCUCUCUCUCUCUCUCUCUCUGCGCCAUAAAAACUGUCUCUCUCGCUGAAAUCUUCCCUCCCCUCUGCGAAAUCUUCCUUGCCGGUGGCGCUGAACUCCUCUCUAUCUCUCUAUCAACUUUCACCGAUCCCUCCAUUUUCAUCCCGACCUCCACCGUUUCGACAUCCUGCUCUACGGAUUUUCACCGUCUCUGUCUGAUCAGCUCACGCCCUCACGCGCCCAGCUGCAGCUCCAGCUCCCGCUCCGUCUUCCUGGGUUCCUUCCUCCAGAAGAUCUUAUCUUCACCCCGCUUAGAAAUCAAGCUAUUAUUAAUCCCCCCACCCCCAAGAUUUUCCCGAGAUAGCGAGAUAAAAAUUCUCAGGGAAUUUCUGCAUCGCAGUGAAGCGACCAGGGUAUAUACAAUAAUUCCCCUAGCAUCUCGCUACUGUUAUAUUUGCCUCCCGUGUUCGCAACAAGUUCCAAAGAAGAAACAGAGAGAGAGAGAGAGAGAAGAGAGAGAGAGAGAGAGAGAGAGAAGGGCGUUUGUCUCUACAUGGAUUCGAGUAACCACCAGAGCUACAACCAGAGUCAACCGUCCAGUUACGGGUUGCUCCGUUUCCGCACGGCUCCGACCUCGGUCCUCGAGAAUUUCGCUGAAGGCGGAGCGAGUAAGGCCGGCCUGUCCGAAGGGUAUGAGGCCGACAAGUUCAGCUCCAGGUUCUUGAGCUACGGCGGCGCCGGCCGCGAGUCGGGUUCGCCGUCUCUCCAAGCUUUCGACGAAAAGUCUCCCCCUUCGACGGUGGCGGAGGCGGCGGCGGCAGCGGCGGUCGGGAGCUAUGCGAGCUCGCCGCGCGGCGGUUAUGCUCUGCCGCCUCAUUAUCCGAGGCAGAGUUCCGCGAUGGACGGCUCGUAUGGGGUGCUGAGCUCAAUGGCGGCGGAUCGCCACCCACAGGUGAAACCUGGCGAUUCCAGUAUCGCGAGGCAGGCGAGCUCUCCACCUGGACUCUUCUCUGAUCUCUCUGCCCAGAAUGGUAAAAGCUUUGCUGCGAUGAGAGGUACUACAAACUAUAGAGUGGGGAAUGUAGUCGAUGGAGAAUCAAGUCCUUCAAGGAACAAGUUGAACGGUCAGAUGAGCUUCUCAUCUGGGAUGUUGUCACAUAUUUCAGAACUUGGAAGUGAAAGCUUUGGAGCACAGAAUUCUGAUGAUGCAAAAAUAGGGAUUGGCAGUGGGAAUAGCCGGUUUCACGGCUCUGGAUAUCUAUUCAAUUCUUGGAGUGAUUCCUCAAAUUUCUCACAGAAUUUCAUUGGCCUGAGGAGAGAUGAAGAAAAUGGUCUGAAAAAAUUUUCUAGUGAUCAGAAUGGCAGUCCAGGUAAUCAGGUUCACCUGUUGUCCCAUCACAUGAGCUUGCCGAAGACUUCAUCAGAGAUGGCGACUGUAGAGAAGUUCCUGCAAUUCCAAGAUUCCGUCCCAUGUAAAAUCAGAGCAAAGCGGGGUUGUGCCACUCAUCCUCGAAGUAUUGCUGAAAGGGUGCGAAGGACACGGAUAAGUGAAAGAAUGAGAAAAUUGCAGGAGCUGGUGCCGAAUAUGGACAAGCAAACUAACACAGCGGACAUGCUAGAUCUGGCUGUGGAGUACAUUAAGGACCUGCAGAAACAGUUUAAGAUACUUAGCGAAAACCGAGCAAAUUGCAAAUGCUUAAGUAUGCAGAAGCUGUCGAACCAAAUUGUUUGACGUUCUUCCAUAGUGUAAAGAUAGAGAGAAAGUAGGGAAGUAGAUCUCUUUUCAUACCGUACUGGAAACAUAAAUGUAGGAGGGAGCGCAAGAUAGUUCCUUUUCCUACUAUUGUAUUCUAAGAAUGUAUGCCAAAGUACCAACUUAAAUGUUUUGAUAUUGUUAGCUAACAGAGAUUUAGAGGUUCCAAGGUAAGAAGAUGGCAGGACUCUGUCUUAGAUUUACAGCUAAGUAAUGGAAACUCUGGUUCGACUUAGCUGUGCCCUUGAUCAUGUUUUGCUUGAAUGUCAAGUUCUUACAGAUUUGCUCAGCGCAUUGGAAGGCUAGUUGUCUAA